GCAGAGGCAGCUUCAGCGGAGGCAGCAGCCACAGCAGCGGCGGCGGCGGCGGCAGCAGCUCCAGCCCUAGCCCUAGCCCCAGCCCCAGCAGCCCCAGCCGCCGCCGCCGCCGCCGCCGCGGUGAAGAUGGUGGCUGCGCUGUGCGCCCGGAGGCUGGCUCGGCGCUCGCACUCGGCGCUCAUCGCGGCGCUCACCGUGCUGCUGCUGCAGACCCUCAUCGUGUGGAAUUUCAGCAGCCUGGACUCGGGGGCCGGGGACCACCGGGGCGGGGAGCAGCACGCCGCUGGAGAGCCGCCCCCAGCCCCGCGCCGGGAGCGCCGGGACCUCCCCCUGGAGUCUCGGGCUGCUGCUGGAGGAGGAGGAGGAGGAGGAGGAGGAGGAAGGGGCCCCCAGCCGCGGGGGGACAAGCUGCCGCGGGAGCGAGGAGGCGGCGGCGGCGGCGGGGGCCACGGAGAGCACCGGCCGCAGCAUCCGCCCCGCCGGGGGGGACCUGCUGCAGGCGCCGCGCAGCUGCCGGGCCAGGCUCUGGAGCCACCACCUAGUCCCUUUACCAGCCUAGAGACACAGGAUGGAUAUUUUUCUCACCGGCCCAAGGAGAAAAUGAGGACAGAUAGCAACAAUGAAAACUCUGUGCCAAAAGACUUUGAAAAUAUCGAUAACAGUAACUUUGCCCCGAGGACGCAGAGGCAGAAGCACCAGCCAGACCUGGGGAAGAAGUCACUGAGUAAGCAGAAGGAACAUUUGAAGAAGAAACUAGAGCAGGAGGAAAAAGUAAAGGAGAACUCACUCCUGGGAAAAGGUUCUAAUGAAGCUUUGCAGUAUAGCAAUCAAGCUGCCCAGAACAGCAGUGCAGCCAAGGCAAGCCCCAAAUCCUCCAAGCAAUCCCAUACCCGGAAGAAUGGGGCCGGCUCUCCUGAACUCAAGUACGACCAGCCGCCAAGGUGUGAUAUCUCUGGGAAGGAGGCCAUCUCUGCUCUGUCCCGGUCUAAGUCCAAGCAAUGUCGUCAGGAGAUUGCUGAGAUAUACUGCCAGCACAAAUUGGGGAAGCUAAUGCCAGAGAAAGUGACCCGCUUCUGUCCCCUUGAAGGCAAAGCCAACAACAACGUGCGGUGGGAUGAGGACUCGGUGGAGUACAUGCCUGCCAACCCCAUCAGGAUCGCUUUUGUCUUGGUGGUACAUGGCCGUGCAUCUCGGCAGCUCCAGCGCAUGUUUAAGGCUAUUUACCAUAAGGACCAUUUUUAUUAUAUCCACGUUGACAAGAGGUCCAAUUAUCUGCAUCGACAAGUGCUCCGGUUUGCUGGCCAGUACCAAAAUGUGCGAGUGACCUCCUGGAGAAUGGCCACCAUCUGGGGGGGUGCCAGCCUCUUGUCCACCUACCUCCAGAGCAUGAGGGACUUGAUGGAGAUGACAGACUGGCCAUGGGACUUCUUCAUUAACCUCAGUGCUGCUGACUAUCCCAUCAGAACGAAUGACCAGUUGGUGGCAUUUCUCUCUCGAUAUCGGGACAUGAACUUCUUGAAAUCACAUGGCCGAGACAACGCAAGGUUUAUUAGGAAACAAGGACUGGACCGCCUCUUCUUAGAGUGUGACACUCACAUGUGGCGCUUGGGUGACCGGAAGAUCCCUGAAGGCAUCACAGUGGAUGGAGGCUCUGAUUGGUUUCUGCUGAACCGGAAGUUUGUGGAAUAUGUGACCUUCUCCAACGAUGACCUGGUGACCAAGAUGAAGCGGUUCUACUCUUACACCUUGCUUCCUGCCGAGUCAUUCUUCCACACUGUCCUGGAAAACAGCCCGCACUGUGAUACCAUGGUGGACAAUAACCUGCGCAUUACCAAUUGGAACCGGAAGCUGGGUUGCAAAUGCCAGUACAAGCACAUCGUGGACUGGUGCGGCUGUUCCCCCAAUGACUUCAAGCCCGCAGACUUCCAUCGCUUCCAGCAAACUGCUCGACCGACGUUCUUUGCACGUAAAUUUGAGGCUGUGGUGAAUCAAGAAAUAAUUGGCCAGCUGGACUAUUACCUUUACGGGAACUAUCCCUCGGGCACCCCAGGUCUUCGGUCCUACUGGGAGAAUGUCUACGAUGAACCUGAUGGGAUCCACAGCAUCAGUGACGUGGCCCUAACCAUGUACCAUUCAUUUACCCGCCUCGGCCUCCGGAGAGCUGAGACCUCAUUGCACACUGAUGGUGAGAAUAGCUGCAGGUACUAUCCCAUGGGUCAUCCAGUAUCUGUUCAUCUGUACUUCCUUGCUGACCGUUUCCAAGGCUUCUUAAUCAAGCACCAUGCAACAAAUCUGGCUGUGAGCAAACUGGAGACCCUGGAAACAUGGGUAAUGCCAAAGAAAGUCUUUAAGAUUGCCAACCCACCCAGUGAUUUUGGGAGACUUCAGUUUUCUGAGAUCGGCACUGACUGGGAUGCCAAGGAGAGGAUAUUUCGAAACUUCGGAGGACUCCUCGGGCCAAUGGAUGAACCAGUGGGAAUGCAGAAAUGGGGCAAAGGGCCCAAUGUUACAGUGACUGUCAUUUGGGUAGAUCCUGUCAAUGUCAUUGCAGCCACCUAUGACAUCUUGAUUGAAUCCAGUGCUGAGUUCACACAUUACAAACCACCUUUGAACUUGCCCCUUCGGCCUGGAGUUUGGACUGUCAAAAUUCUGCAUCAUUGGGUACCAGUUGCUGAAACCAAAUUCCUUGUCACUCCUCUGACCUUCUCUAACAGGCAGCCUAUUAAGCCAGAUGAGUCCUUGAAGCUACACAAUGGACCUCCCCGAAAUGCCUACAUGGAACAGAGCUUUCAGGGCCUGAACCCAGUUCUCAACAUCCCUAUCAACUUAGCCCAUGUGGAGCAAGCCCGGAGGAAUGCAGCCACCACUGGCCCAAAGCUGGAGAGCUGGGUGGACUCGUUAGUUGGGGGAGUCUGGUCUGCAGUGGAUAUCUGUGCCAUCGGCCCCACCGCCUGCCCCGUCAUGCAAACCUGCAGCCAAACCUCCUGGAGUUCUUUGAGCCCGGACCCCAAGUCUGAGCUGGGGGCUGUCAAACCUGAUGGUCGGCUGAGGUAGCAUCUGGUCGUGCUAUAGAAUUUAAAAGGGAAUUUCACCCUGAGUAGAUGGGAUUCUGAAACCUCUCUCACCCCCAGCCCUCUCCCAACCAGUAGUUACCAUGUGGGAGAGAAGCUUUGAUAUUCACAAUCAGUUUGAGGUCUAAGCUUCAAGAACCAGAGUUGGAGCCUGGCAUUGUUCUCCCUGCAGAUAAGCUCAGGAGAUUGGUAGAUUGCCCCCAUCUUGGUCCUAAGGCAAUCUUACUUUUUUUUUUCAUUUGUUUUUUUAAAGCUCUUCCCUUUGGCCAGAUAUCUAGAUAGAGCAUGGGUUCAGUCUUUUGUCUGGUCCCAAAGAAAUGUGGGAAUUCACAAUUGCUGAUAAAAAUGUUCACUCCUCUGUCAACCAAAAAAGCCCCUACUGGUGUUCAUCAAAUCCAUCAGCAUCACCCAGAAUGCUAAGUGAAAGAAAGCCCAAAGUGAUUUCCCAGAGUUUAAGGGUUCUCUACCACCCAUUUAAUAGAUGGGCUAUUUUUUUAAUAGCUCAGAUGGGCAGGAAAUUAUUUUUGCCAUAUUUUCUUUACAAUGAUGGCCACACUUCCAUAAAAGAGUAGCAGGUACUUGGUGCACUUCAGGGGUGAAAAUGCUAUGGUUUCAAUCCGGAUAGCUGUCUAUGGCCCCUCACAGUUGGCCGGCGCUAUAGGCAGAUGAAUGUCAGAGAUUGGGCCGAUGACAGUAGUUCAAACGGUUACCUCAUGCAGUCUCCCAGAUAAAUUUGGACAUGUGCAACUUGUAUGAGAUAGAUGAGACACUGGACAGAGCAAACUUCCUUGACUGAAAAUCAGAACAAUGCCAGACACCUGCACGGGUUCUUCCAUUUCCAAGGCCAAACCUUGCCACAUGCACCAUCGGUGCUGGUUAUGAGUGACCAAAUUGCAUGAUCUAAACUUUUUGACCCAGAAUAUUUUGGAAGCCCUUUUCCAACCAAGUUUUUAAAGAUAGCUCUUUUCUUAUAUGCAAUGCCAACUAGAGUACCAUACAUAGAUCAUAAGGAUAAGAUUGGGGUUUAGAUCUUCAGUCAUUUGGGAAGGGGGGUUAUUUUGUUUUAUUAGUCUCUAAUUACUUGAGUUGCCAGAAAGGUGAAGGUUUUCCUUCAGUUCCCCAAAUUGAAUGCCCAUAACAAACAAGGCAAGGGCCCAUCCCAUGAGGUGGCCCUCCUCUACUCCUCCCAGAGGGGUGAAAUUCCCUUUUAAAAACUGCACUCUUGGUUGCAAACAAAAUGACCUAGAUAUGGAGCACCCAGCCCUUGUUCUGUUUCUCUCCAUAGUGUUGGUUUGAAGCUACUGAAGUUUGCUUUGGACUUGAAAUAGUGAGGUCAGCUGUGCUGAUGUUUCGUCAGAGCAUUAAAUGUUAUAUGGAGUCAGGGAUGCAAACAAGGACACAUAGAAGGAACACUUUAGAUAUUUAUUAUUUAUAUGUUUUAGUCAAUGACUAAUUAGUAGGUGCUGUUUUUUGCAGCUUGACAAUUAUGUUAUCUUACUAACUAAAGCUGCCUUUAUUCAAAAAAGGCUCCCCACCCUUUCUCAGUCCUGUCCCACUCCCAAGACACACACUCUUCUUUUUUUCUAUGUUCUCAAUUUGUGACUGUUGCUGACCCAGGGGUGUUAGGAACACUCGGUGUGUUUCCCACCCAUAUUGUCAGCAGGAGACAGACUCAUUCUCUCCCAUAUCAACAGCAGGCUGAUGCUCCCCAAAUGCUCUCUUAUCCAGACCCUAGUGAUAGCAGCAGGUGCUCCCAGUCCAAGCCCAUAGAGCUUUGGACCUGAGCCCUCUGUACUCUGUGUAAGAGUCUUGUAGCUUCUCCCCAAAGCCAGGGAGGUGCCUAGCGACUACAGCUUAUCCAUUCUGGACCUUUCUUUCCCUUUCAACCCUUGUGUUAUGUGGGUCAUUCCUGUCUCCUGUCCCAUUUGCUGAUGAAUAUCCGUCAGCAAAUCUUAGUUCUGGAGCCCAGAUUUAGAGUGAGAAGGCUGAGGGGAAUGGGGUAAGAAGGUUAGUUCAUCCUACAUGUGAGGCCGACGACAAAAUUUAAUUGUCUUCAUGGAAAUCCUCCUGCUCCUUGGUCACUGAAACAAAGGGGCUUUCAGAAACCUUAGGCUCAGUUUCACAGAAGUCCCAAUACAUAAUGCAGGAGAUUACAAACUUGGAAACCAAGGUACUUCUCUACACAGAGUUUCUCUGUGGAAGUACGAUAGCAAGGGCUUCACAUUCUGGUUUUUAGAGCAGCAAAAAUAACAAGACCUUUCUGUAACCUCUCUCUCAAUCAGCCAGCUCAGUCUCUGUAUUUGUAGCAGUAUUAUUUGUGGUGGCUUUAGGCCUGAGCCCAGUUGUAUCAUUGUGGCUGGUAUCAGCCUAUAGUCACCCGGAAGUUGUACCUACUAUGCUCAAUGACAUUUCUGACUUUUAAAAUCCUGGAAUGAGUGGAGAAACCCCGGAGUUAGUUCUGGGACAGUCCAAGCUGUGAAUUUUUUUUUCUAUGCUUAACUCCCCAUCCAUCCUGCUGUAGGAAAGUAGGUUGGAAUGUGGAAUACCCAUUUGGGUUUUCACAUUUUGGGACCAGAGAAUAUACCUUUGUAGAUGUUACAUUUGGUGAAAAGGAGAAUUCGAAAUGAGAGCCCAACUGCACCGAGACUUCAUGAUAGCAUUUUUCCAAAUGAAAACAUUCAGCCUGUUUCUUGGCCCUACCCAGAGACUGAUUUGAUUAUUUGGAGAACCCAUUCGAAAAGCCAACAGUUAUCAUGUGUCUUGCUUUCUGUGGAAAAGUCACAUUUCUUUGGGCACAAGGUUUUGUUUGCUUUGGGGUUGUUUGCCCUGUUAUCUGCUCUGAACUUUCAGUCUAGAGCAGGGUGUCUGGGGAGUUGGGAGUGAGUCCUGGGGGAAAAGGGGAAUGUUGUUUAUAACUGGCUGAAGUGAUGGUUUAUCAGGUCCAAGGAUAGGGUGGGGAUAGGGGGGAGGACCUACGGAAUCUAAGUUCGCCUCCAUACCCACAUACUGGUAGAUGGCCCCUUGGACAAAUUUUUACUGACUCUUAGUCCAGUGUGGGCAGAAGGAAAUCCCCAAGCAAGUUAUGCCUUCCACCCCUUGCUUCCUAUUUUUGGACCUUUAAUCCAGAAUUCAUCCCAGGGACCUGCAAGCAUGUGGACAGAGGAGCCCCAGUCACCUCAAGGAGAAGGGAAUUAAGUUCAAAGACUCAGUGUGGUUUUUCAAAUUGUAAUGGGUCCUCCUCCAGGAAAGCACAGCCCUAAUUGGCCAGGGAGGCUUUUAUUUCAGACAAUCGAUUCAGGCUUGAGUGUGAACCAUGGAAUGUUAGGGCCAACAUGCAAGAUGCAGGACACAAGGAAAGGAAGUGUAUAGAAGUGGCUCAGUGAGAGGAGGAGGCCCCACCCAAGUCCCACAUUAGCACAUACUUUGUGAAUUGUGAGCUAGUGCCCUUGGAUACUGGUUUUAUGAUGCAAACGAGCCCUGUGGUUGUAUGGAGGCCUUUGUGAAUCAGCCUGGGAGUGCCUGGCCAAGAGCACCUACCAGUGGAACCAAAAAACCAGUAUUUGGGGAUGCCCACCCUCUGUCCCAAACUCUCUUCCCAUGAAGGUCAAAACAAAUUGAAAUAAAAUUAGCCCUUGAUACCCACUGCUUUAAGAAUGUUAAAAAAAAAAACAAAACAAAACAAAAAACAUUUUUUUUAACUGAUCAGUCCUUUUAAAGAUAUAACCAGAUAAAUGUUUUAGGUUUUAGUCUGGACCUGAGAUUUUAUUUUGUAUAGGAAACCAAAAGUGUAUAAACUCCCUUUAUCAAAGCAGAUCUGCAAGUCUUCUGCAGAUUAGAGUCUUAAGAGAGUACCAAAAGGUUGUGACUUACCCAGGGUCACUUUUCUAGUAUGUGUCAGAGCAGGACUUGAACCCAGGUCCUCUUGACUCUAAGGCCAGCUCUCUGUCUACUAUGGGACACUACCAUCCCCAAAUUCUGAGUGUAUUUUUCCUCUAGCUUCAUGAUGCUAGGAAAGGGACAGAUGUGGUCCUCUGAUAGCCACCCAAAGGUAGCCACCAUUUAUUCCUGGUGAACAUCUACUAACUAAGCAUCCCAUAGGUCUUACCUACCAAAGAGUCAUCAGUGUUGUCCAGAGCACCACUUAUGCUAUGCAGGGUGACCAUAAAUCAGUCAUGUAUUCACAUUCGUAGGAAUUUGCUACUAAACAAAAAAACACCACAGAUCACAGCAUUUAAAAAAAAAAAACUUCACUCCUCCCUCCCCAAUGUGUAGGUGAUUCCAAAUAACAAUCAACUUUGUAAAGAGAAAGUAAUAGUGGGGGGAGUACCAUGAAUAUAUUUUAAUGUCCAAAAAAGAAAAUAUUAGAAGCAAAUAAUUCUUUUACCCUUACUAGGACUUAGGAGAUUUCUUGGGCAUGCACAAAUAUGUGUGUAGGUAUGUCUAUUGUAUACGUGUGUGUGUGUGUGUGUGUGUGUGUGUAUAUACACCACCCAUCUGAAGCACACCAUUGUGUUCAUUCCAGUAGACAGUCCCUACUAAAAAGAGAAAAGGAGGAAAAAAGAUAAAUAGCAUCAGAGCCCAUUCCAACUGCCAGUACUGAUGUUUGUUGUAUUUCACAGCCCUGGUGGAAAAUGAUUUAAGAUAUACCCUCUCCCCAAAUUAUUCCCCUGAAUGAUUUGCUCCAGCUCAUAAAUUUGGAAAUAAAGAUAAGGAGUUUGCCCAUAGUGAGUACUGGCUGAGAGGCAAUAGCUUGGAGCCAAGAAAACCUGGGUUCAAAUCCUGUCUCAGAUACCACUCAUCUGUGCCACUAAGAGCAAAAGUGAGUUAACCUCUCAGUAUUUCUAGUCCUCUCUCUGAGACUAUGAGUUGGUAGUCUGUACCAAUGAAGGGAGUUACUAUACCAGUGGUUUUUAGUAUGGAUGAAAUCAUAGGUCCAGAUUCCAUUACCCCCCACCCCACCUACCCACUGAACACUAAAGUCACUGGCUAUCUUUUUGGAAAGGAGAGCCAAUCCCAACUAUGAAGGACAGCUGUUGAACAUCGGAGAUUCUCCAUUCCCAACCCCCAUCUCUCAUCCCCUUUUAUUGACCAGUUAUGAGACAGAGAGUUCACAGGAUUUGAACAUCUUCAGCCAUCAGUUUAUUUGCUGCUAUAUAUCCUACCUAGAAGCCUCCAGCCCACUUGGCUGAGGAUUUCUUGUCUUAACUCUAAAAUGAAAGGAAAGCAUCAAAAGUUCCCAGGACAAAAGAGAUGUGGUGUUAGACAAACUUGUAAAAUUCCCCCAGACCCAACAGCAGAGACGCCUAUAGCAGGCUUUAUCUAGCAUAGACAUUCCAAUCUGUGGUGGCCACCCAGUGGCAAUGGUCUUCAGGCCUUUUUCACUUCUCCUUGGCUUGCUACUGUCCACUAACAACCAAGACAGUAGAAACUGGGGCUGCCCUCUUGUUCCCACACAGCUGGCUAGUCUAGCUCAAUCAUCUGUUUUUUGCUUCUGCCUCAGUUACCUUAUUUUGCCCAUGAGUCCUACCACAGGUGCUACCUCACAGUGUCUGCUAAGAAGUUUACCUGGGGGAGGGGGGGAGAAAAAGGUAUCUGAAAUCUCCUUGAGCUGAAUGUACAAUCUAUGCAAAUUCUCUCUGUUUCUCACUGUCAAACACUUAGAAGUAUCACAUAUAACCUUGCCAAACUAACAGCAAGAUCCUGUACAGGUUUCUCUGAUGACAGAGUACCAAUUUUCGGCGCUGUUCAAUGUGCCCCUGUUUGUAUAUUGUUAACGAGUUGUCUUUGGUUCUGUUGUCGCUAAGCCCCUUGAGGGAGACUGGGCCUCUCUGUCUGCAAUGAGUCCCUUCCUCUUGGCUGGGAAUAUUUGGAUUGCUAACAUCUCCCCCAUUCCAUGGAGGUCUCUCUGCACCUGAGGACCCCCUCCCCCUCCAAAAGGAAGGCCCCUGGCCUCACUGACUCCAUUCUCCUCCCCACUCCUUCAGAGCAUGUCAUUUUCCAUCUCACAACACAACAAAGCCUUAGGUUCCUCCUCCUUUUUGAAAUGUGGCCUUAAAAUCAUGUUGGAAACGUGGAUGUUGUCUCACUCUCCAGAUCUCCGCCAACAUCGCAGAAAGCACCUUGAGAUUGCUGCUAUCCCUCCUACUGGGGGACCCGUCAAUUUACAAUUUCACAGAUACAAUGGAAAUUGCUUACAAAUGCAGUCUUUAAGAAAAAUGACCUUAUAUUGUUCCUGCGGGCAAAAUAAAGGUUUGGAUGCUCUUAUAAACCAUAGCCAACUCUGGAAGUACUCUCUUACAGCAUAUUGUAGCUAUAAUGGGUUGACUUAAUUACCUACAAAGUGCUAACAUUGAGCUUUUCCUUUUUACCCCUUCAAGACAUGGUAACUUUCCGAACUUCACUCAAGGGUAAAUCAGCAGCCCCCCUGUUAUUUAUCCUUUUGCCCUUUUUGAGUAUCAUUGGCUUGAGAAAGAUUGCACUAAGUAUUCCCAGCUGAUCUUAGAGGUGCCACCCUCUCAAUCCCUCUAGCCUCCAACCUCUUUUGUUUUAACCCCCCCACCAUCUGAUCCAGCCCAAAGACAACAGAAAAUAAGGUUUUCAUAGUAAACUCAUUGGCUUUGAAUGGAAUAGUCUUUCUAGUUCUUCCUGUCUUUUUUUGUUGUUGUUGUUGUUAUCGUUGGUUCGUUGGGGUGUUUGUUAAUGGCCUCAUCGUAAGUUAUUACUGUCCCCUCAUUUUUCAGAGACAGGUGGUGAUAUAGUUUUAAAAAAUAACUAUUUUGUUAUAGAUCAUAAUAUGCAUAAAACUGUACAGAAAUAUUUUGUAAUCUAUUGAUUUUAAAAAAGAGAGAACAUGUAAAUACAGUAAAGUUAAAUAAAAAAAGAAUUCCAAUGGCACACACUGAAAGAUGUAGAUAUUUUGCUAUUUAUUUAAAGGAUUAUUUUAUGAGAUACUGAACUAUCUGAAAUUGACCAGUAAUCCAAGUUUCAAAAAGUCCAAAUGCUUUUUUUCAUGUUGUAGAAUGUGAUCUCCAGCAAUUGUUGCACUACCCAUUUUUGCACCCUUCUGUCUUUCAUUUAGCAGAACAACAACAAAAAAAAAAAUUGUGCCUUAGCUGUAUUUUCUGUCUAGGGGAGUUUGUUUUUUGUCUGACAACGCGAGAUUUUUUGCAGAAAACAGUGGAUGUAUUAAAUACUGUAUCAUACCAAAAACACCGCGGGUGUAUAUAAAUGCUUUCUGUCAUACUGUGUUUUCAGAUGCAGAAUUUUAAAAUUAAAAAAAAAAAAAGGAAGCUGUCUUUGCG